CGUCGCGUCGCUCUCCACCUCCUCCCACGGAAUUCCACCUCCAACCUCGUGAGCUCCGCCUCCACCUCGCUGCUGCUCCGCCAGCUAGUAGCCGCCAUCCUCCACGCCUACAAAGCUCGCGGCCCCGCAGGUGCAUGCUCCGCUGCCCGCCUCCUCGCCGCCUCUGCCUCCGCCUCGGCUCGCCGGUGUCUACGAUGGCCUCCACGCUCGCCUUCCUCAGGCCCUCCGCGCCGGCCCCGCUCGCAGCCUCGCGCGGCGCCGCGAGGGGCGUCCCCGCGGCCGUGAGGGUGCCGUGCAGAUCUAGGGUCUCGGCGGCCGGCGUGUCCCUCGGAUCGGAGGUGGCGGUGGGCUCCGACGCGCUCUUCGCCGACUACAAGCCCACCACCGCAUUCCUCUUCCCCGGCCAGGGUGCUCAGACUGUUGGGAUGGGUGCAGAAGCAGUGAAUGUUCCUGCAGCUGCCAAACUAUUUGAUAAGGCAAAUGAUAUACUUGGGUAUGACUUGUUGGAUUUUUGCACCAAUGGACCAAAAGAAAAGCUUGACUCGACAGUAAUCAGUCAGCCAGCUAUAUAUGUCACCAGCCUUGCAGCCGUAGAGGUACUACGCUCACGUGAUGGAGGCCAAAAUGUAAUUGACUCUGUAGAUGUCACAUGCGGUCUCAGCUUAGGGGAAUACACUGCACUUGCAUUUGCUGGUGCCUUUAGCUUUGAGGAUGGUCUGAAGCUUGUCAAGCUUAGAGGAGAAGCCAUGCAGGAUGCUUCAGAUGCUGCCAGCAGUGCUAUGGUCAGUGUGAUUGGUCUAGAUUCAGAGAAGGUGCAGCAAUUAUGCGAUGCUGCUAACGAGGAAGUAGAUGAAAAGGAAAGAGUUCAAAUAGCAAACUUUCUGUGUCCUGGGAACUAUGCAGUUUCUGGUGGUGUGAAGGGGAUUGAAGCAGUCGAAGCCAAAGCAAAGUCCUUUAAGGCCAGAAUGACGGUGCGCCUAGCUGUUGCUGGUGCUUUCCAUACAAGCUUCAUGCAACCUGCUGUUUCAAGAUUGGAAUCUGCAUUAGCUGAGACAGAGAUAAAAACACCAAGAAUCCCAGUUAUCUCCAAUGUGGAUGCAUCACCCCACUCAGAUCCUGACACAAUCAAGAAGAUUUUGGCGCGACAGGUAACUUCCCCUGUGCAAUGGGAGAGUACCGUGAAGACUCUGAUGGGUAAAGGACUUGAGAAAAGCUAUGAACUUGGUCCUGGAAAGGUUAUAGCAGGAAUUCUUAAAAGGAUUGACAAAGGCGCAAGCAUUGAGAACAUUGGUGCAUGAGUUUGGAGGUAUCAAGAGUCAAAGACUAUAGGGAUAAUAAGGUUAGGGAGAGCCUGCAAAUUCAAGCAGUACUCCGAAUGUAUCAAAUGUUAGCCAACAUGGCUGUUGUGGCAAACUGGCAAUUGCCGUCUGAGGAAACGAUAUUGAUUACUGUUGAGGCCCAUAAUUUGGAGACUUUUGUGGUUUAUUUACAGCCUGCUGUUCAGAUUUAACCAAGAUAUGAACGUGUGAAUGUGUGAUAACUCAUGAUAGAACAUGUGAAUUUGUUCUUA